GUUGAAUUUACCCCUGAUCAGAUUGAAGAAUUUAAAGAAGCAUUCUCACUCUUUGACCGGACUCCUAAAUCUGAGAUGAAAAUCACAUACGCACAAUGUGGAGAUGUCUUGAGAGCUUUGGGGCAGAAUCCAACCCAAGCUGAGGUCAUGAAAGUGCUUGGCAGACCCAAACCAGAAGACAUGAACUCCAAGAUGAUCGACUUUGAGACCUUCCUGCCCAUGCUCCAGCAUAUUGCCAAGACGAAAGACACAGGCACCUAUGAGGACUUCGUGGAGGGUCUGCGCGUGUUUGACAAGGAGGGAAAUGGAACAGUGAUGGGGGCUGAACUCCGCCACGUUUUGGCUACAUUGGGUGAGAGGUUGACUGAAGAGGAAGUUGAUAAGCUAAUGGCUGGUCAGGAAGAUGCCAAUGGCUGUAUCAACUAUGAAGCUUUUGUGAAACAUAUCCUGGCUAACUAAACACCAGGACAAGAUAGGCACCAAGAACCCCACAUGCUGGCCUUGGAUUUCGAUAUAUUGGAAUGUCUUCUCAUUUUUCAGCCCAGAUUCCCAUUAUGGAGCUACGAAAUGUGCUGUCCCUAAAGUUAUUUGGAUAAAUAUGUUUUUGUUUGUUUUGUCUUGUUUCUUCAUGGGAAGAGGAUGGCCUCUGUGGAGAUUCAAUACACUCAGGAAACUGAAGAAACUGGAAUCUGAACUAUGAAUGCCUAGGCAUUGUCAUUCUUUUUUCUGAUAUGGAGUAUAAACAACAAUACACAAUUGUUAAGGGAGAGGUGAGAAAAGGGGAGUAAUUUUUUUCAUAAGUAAUUCAAUCAAAAAACGUAUUUGUCAUUUAGCUAUAUCCUUCCCUCCCCUCUCCCUUCCGAAACAGCCAGACCUUUCUUUUUGUGUUUAUUGCAUUUGUUAAAAAACAGCUGUAAGAGACUAAGGGAAAAAAGAAAUUAAACCAAUUGUAUAAAUCUCACGUAUGCAAGGAAUACUCUUAAUCUAUAGAGAAAAACAGUAGAAGUAGAAUGCCCAGCAAUCAGCAACAAAUGCAGACUUGUUCACAUGUUCCUCAGCUUUGGAAAAUACCAACAUUAAAGGAAAAUCCAAAGCAGAAUAGAAGUGCACACAAUGUUUGCUAAAAUAUAUCUCUCCUCCACAAGGAUUGCUUCCCAUUCCAACAGUCUGACCUAUGAAACAAGUAAAAUGUAUUUCCAAAUGCAAACUGGAAAUUGUAAUAUACAUACUUUGGUCCUGUAGCUUUGCGAAGUAAAACAUGGGAUUCUUUCUCA